AUGUAUAAAUCUAAAGAAAAUUUUACUUGCAAAAAUUCCACGCGGACCAGGCAGCAGAUGGGACUCAAACCCGCACCCUCCGCUAUCCGGGCAGAUGCACUGACCAUUAUGCUACCGCGGCCCUUAUUACUGCACAUACGUCGCGAACAUUUGCUAGAAGACGCGUUCAGACGGAUCAUGUCGUGCGGGAAGAAGGAGCUUCAGAAGGGCAAACUAUGCGUCCUGUGGGAGGGAGAAGAAGGCCUGGACUACGGCGGGCCAAGCCGCGAGUUCUUCUUCCUGCUCUCCCGGGAGUUGUUCAACCCCUACUACGGCCUGUUCGAGUACUCGGCCAACGAUACGUACACUGUGCACGUGUCGCCGAUGUCCGCCUUCGUGGAUAACCAUCAUGAAUGGUUCCGAUUCUCUGGGCGAGUGCUGGGCCUGGCGUUGGUACACGGCUACCUAUUAGAGGCGUGGUUCACGCGCGCCCUGUAUCGCGCUCUGCUGCGACUGCCGCCCGCCUUAGAAGACGUGGACGCACUGGACGCGCAGUUUGCCGCCUCCCUGCGAUGGUUGCAGUCGGCGCGGUGCGUGUCUUCGCUAGAGCUGACGUUCGCGGUCUCGGAACGUUUGGCCGACGGACGCGUGCUGGAACGAGAAUUGAAACCGGGCGGGCGAGACGUGGCGGUUACAGAACGCAACAAGAAGGAAUAUCUCGAGCGGGUCGUGCGCUGGCGGGUGGAACGCGGUGUGGCCGACCAGACCGAGUGGCUGGUGCGGGGAUUCCACGAGGUGAGUGUGACGUCACUACACGAGCGGGUGGAACGCGGCGUGGCCGACCAGACCGAGUGGCUGGUGCGGGGGUUCCAUGAGGUGAGUGUGACGUCACUACACGAGCGGGUGGAACGCGGCGUGGCCGACCAGACCGAGUGGCUGGUGCGGGGGUUCCAUGAGGUGAGUGUGACGUCACUACACGAGCGGGUGGAACGCGGCGUGGCCGACCAGACCGAGUGGCUGGUGCGGGGAUUCCACGAGGUGAGUGUGACGUCACUACACGAGCGGGUGGAACGCGGCGUGGCCGACCAGACCGAGUGGCUGGUGCGGGGGUUCCAUGAGGUGAGUGUGACGUCACUACACGAGCGGGUGGAACGCGGCGUGGCCGACCAGACCGAGUGGCUGGUGCGGGGGUUCCACGAGACCGAGUGGCUGGUGCGGGGGUUCCAUGAGGUGAGUGUGACGUCACUACACGAGCGGGUGGAACGCGGCGUGGCCGACCAGACCGAGUGGCUGGUGCGGGGGUUCCAUGAGGUGAGUGUGACGUCACUACACGAGCGGGUGGAACGGGGCGUGGCCGACCAGACCGAGUGGCUGGUGCGGGGGUUCCAUGAGGUGAGUGUGACGUCACUACACGAGCGGGUGGAACGCGGCGUGGCCGACCAGACCGAGUGGCUGGUGCGGGGGUUCCACGAGGUGAGUGUGACGUCACUACACGAGCGGGUGGAACGCGGCGUGGCCGACCAGACCGAGUGGCUGGUGCGGGGGUUCCAUGAGGUGAGUGUGACGUCACUACACGAGCGGGUGGAACGCGGCGUGGCCGACCAGACCGAGUGGCUGGUGCGGGGGUUCCACGAGGUGAGUGUGACGUCACUACACGAGCGGGUGGAACGCGGCGUGGCCGACCAGACCGAGUGGCUGGUGCGGGGGUUCCAUGAGGUGAGUGUGACGUCACUACACGAGCGGGUGGAACGCGGCGUGGCCGACCAAACCGAGUGGCUGGUGCGGGGGUUCCACGAGGUGAGUGUGACGUCACUACACGAGCGGGUGGAACGCGGCGUGGCCGACCAGACCGAGUGGCUGGUGCGGGGGUUCCACGAGGUGAGUGUGACGUCACUACACGAGCGGGUGGAACGCGGCGUGGCCGACCAGACCGAGUGGCUGGUGCGGGGGUUCCACGAGACCGAGUGGCUGGUGCGGGGCUUCCAUGAGGUGAGUGUGACGUCACUACACGAGCGGGUGGAACGCGGCGUGGCCGACCAGACCGAGUGGCUGGUGCGGGGCUUCCAUGAGGUGAGUGUGACGUCACUACACGAGCGGGUGGAACGCGGCGUGGCCGACCAGACCGAGUGGCUGGUGCGGGGCUUCCAUGAGGUGAGUGUGACGUCACUACACGAGCGGGUGGAACGCGGCGUGGCCGACCAGACCGAGUGGCUGGUGCGGGGGUUCCAUGAGGUGAGUGUGACGUCACUACACGAGCGGGUGGAACGCGGCGUGGCCGACCAGACCGAGUGGCUGGUGCGGGGGUUCCACGAGGUGAGUGUGACGUCACUACACGAGCGGGUGGAACGCGGCGUGGCCGACCAGACCGAGUGGCUGGUGCGGGGGUUCCACGAGGUGAGUGUGACGUCACUACACGAGCGGGUGGAACGCGGCGUGGCCGACCAAACCGAGUGGCUGGUGCGGGGGUUCCACGAGGUGAGUGUGACGUCACUACACGAGCGGGUGGAACGCGGCGUGGCCGACCAGACCGAGUGGCUGGUGCGGGGGUUCCACGAGACCGAGUGGCUGGUGCGGGGCUUCCAUGAGGUGAGUGUGACGUCACUACACGAGCGGGUGGAACGCGGCGUGGCCGACCAGACCGAGUGGCUGGUGCGGGGCUUCCAUGAGGUGGUGGACCCUCGAUUGGUGGCAGCUUUCGACGCGCGCGAACUGGAGCUGGUGAUAGCUGGCGCGCCAGAGCUGGACGUGGCUGACUGGCGUGCCAACACCGAGUACCGCGGCGGGUACCACGACGCGCACCCCGUCAUCGUGUGGUUCUGGCAGGCCAUCGACAGGUUCAGCAACGAGCAACGUCUCAGGCUAGUCCAGUUCGUGACAGGCACUUCUUCAAUACCUUACGAAGGGUUCUCUGCGUUGCGAGGCUCUACGGGUCCGCGCCGUUUCUGCAUCGAGCGAUGGGGCCGCGUCGAGUCCCUACCACGAGCACACACCUGCUUCAACCGCCUAGACCUACCACCCUACCCUACGCCCCAGCUACUGCACGAGAAAUUAUUACUCGCUGUAGAAGAAACAAACACAUUUGGCAUCGAGUAACCUCCAAAAUACACGAAGAGUAUUAGGCGGUUACGAAUAAACGCGCUAAUUAAACGACCAUUCAUUUAUUUAUUUAACUAAAAUGUUCACUCGUUGACUAAAACAUUUCACCAGAUGUAAAUAAUCACUAUUAAAGUAUCGUUGUCAAUGUAAAUAAAUUAGUCAAUCGAUAAGGUAGCCGACGAACAAAGAUAGUUUUAUGUUAUAAAUAAAUACUAUAUUGAUGUAGAUGUGCCUCUAGAUGUUUACUCAAGGAGCAUUAUCUAUUUGUACUUUAUAUUAAUGCUUUUAUUGUGUAAGUGAAGUAUAUUGUGGCUGUGACAUGGGACUCGAGUCUCGUAUUUAGAUAUACAUACUACGCUUUACGUCACUAAUUUAUGAUUUACGAGUAUUUAACCAUCCAACUCUAUACCUAAUAGUUAAUAAAUUGCUAUAGUUAUUAUCGCUUAUCAAAUGACUUAACAGUUGUCAUCACUUGAUGAUUUUAUUGAAAUCAUUUUGUAAUACAUAAUUCUUAAUUUUAUUCAAGAUUAUGAAAAUAUCUUCAAUUACAAUCAAAACUAGUCAGCUACUUUAAUAAUAACCAUUAUUAGCUCUAUAUACAUUUUUGUAUCUAAGUUGUUUUGAAAAUAAUAUCCCAACUAAUUUUAAUUAUUUAUCACUACAUUAUGUAUAGCUUUUGUACUGAUUUAUGUGUAUUAAAAAUACAUAAUUAUUAUUGUAUUGUUCUAAAUCAAAUGAAAGCAAAGAAUGGAAAUUCGAUAAUACAAGAACAUCCAACAUUGUUUACCUAUAAAAAAAUAAAAUUCUACUUUAUUAAUGUCCAAGUCAUUUCCCAUUCUUUAUUCAAUGAAAAUAAUCUUAUUUUAUCAAUUAAUGCGAGCCUUAGUUGAUAGAAGUCCUAUUUUCAGGUACCUAUUACAUUUGUUACUAUGUACCCUAUAUAUUAACUUAACAAAAUGAAUCCUUUUCUAAAAGUAUUAAAUUUCAUUAGGAAAUGCAAAGUUAAAAUUGUAGAUGUAUUAUUUAUUCUGUUUAAGUAAUCUGUACACCAAUGUGUAAGUUUACUAUAUUUUAAGUAAGUUAAAAUAGUUUUAUUAUGUUGUUCAUUAACUUUUUGUGUAUGUACUGUUUUAUUGUGUAAAUUUUUAUUUGUUUUGUGCAAGUGAUGAAAUGUGUCAAUACAAAAUAUUAAUUACCUAUGGUUUGUUUUAUUAAUAUCUCCAUCAUUAAGUUACCAGCAACCAGUUUGCAUUGCAACCACAAGUAUGAAAUUUAAAUAUUAUAAUGAUACUAAAAAUCCAUUCAAUAUUAUAGGCAAAUACUGUACAUUCACAGAACCACUAUGAAACAAAUCCCAGGGAAGGAAUUGGGAUGUGAAGCAUGAGGACAGGAUAUUUUUAGAGACCAGUAAAUAAUGAAGAAAAUUCACACAUACAAAAUGUUUAUUUUUCAAGAAGUUUGUGUAACAACAAAAAUCAACCUUGUUAAGACCUUAAAUUUUAAACAUAUAACUAUUUACAUUUCCCAAAGUCUGCAUUUGUCAACACAAACUUAAGAUAUAAAAUGCAACAAGGGUUAUUUUUUUCUCACAAUCUACUCUAAGUUGUGACGGAGUUAAUUCAUUAUAGUAUGUCACAGUCUGUAAACUUUAAAAUUAUUCGAUCUUAUUAAAAGCUGUGAUUACAUUAUGAUAAAAGCUACUGUUAUGAUAGAUUCAUAAUAUGCAAUGUUGUAGCUAUGUGUACUGAAAAUUAAAACUCUUAAAAAUAUCCUCCCCUCUUAUACACAUUGCUCUGCAAAUGAGCAUUAGGAGCUUUUCAUGAGAAUUAUUAAAAGCGAACCCAACAAUGUUAAUUUGCAGAUUUGAAGACAGUCCAUGUCAAAAUCUACAAAUGAAAUUGUAAUAUAAUACACGCAUGUGUAAAUAUUUUGUAUAUUUAGUUCAAAAAUAACGGUAAUACAAUAUUCAUUUGUAUUCUAUCAUGUGGAUUAGAGCUUAUGCUCACUGUGAGUUUAGCCGAGGGAGGGGAAAUCCUUGCUGUCGUCCACCUUCGGCGGAGCCACCUGCGGGCGAGACACGGGGCGCUCCUCCGGCGGUGCCUCCUCACGUGGUGGGCCCCGGCCCCGACCGCGCCCGCGCCCGCGGCCUCGCCCGCCCGUGCCGCCGCGCCUGGUCGUAUCGUUGAACGUGAACUCGAUGCCCAGCACGCGCUUCUGGCGUCCGACGCGCUGAGGAUAGUCAGCGAUAUCAUAUUCUUCAUCAGAGUCGUCAUCCUCACCACCCUCUUUUUUCUUCUCCAACAUUACCAAGUUCUUCCACUGACUCAGGUCCUCACCUUCACCAGCCUUACGCAAGUUGUACUGCGGCGCGGUGCGCUGAGCGUUCCGCAGCGCCUUGUACUCGUCCAGCGUGAGCUCGCGCGGCUCCUCCUCGGCGGGCGCGGUCUUCUCGGCCUCCGGCUGCUGCCCGUCGCCUGCUCCAGCGCCCACCGGUUCGGGCGCCUUCUCCUCCACCACUUCACCCUCCGACCCAGUUUUGUUCAGCUCGUCGAGAUCGUCCUUCAGAGUACCCCAGUUGUGAGGGCCGCCACCUUCACGCUUGUCCACAGGCUUCACUCCAGUCUUGUCGGAACCGGACCUUCUGUCAAAUUCACGCUUGCCUCGGCUGUCGUACGGACGCGUCCCGCGCGGUCCGUCGCGUUCACGAGUGUCUCGCGGCCUCGGUCCGCGGCGUUCACCUCCCUCCGGAUUGUCGGCGAAGUUGCGCCGCUCGAAGUUAGGCCUGCGGUCGCUAAACUCACGCCUAGGGGGUCGGGGUGCUCCGUCCUUGUUUUCGACGGCACCAUUCUGCGGCCUGUUUUCACGGCGGCGCGGUGGCGGAGCUUCCGCAUUGCGGUCAUUCGUUCGAGCAGGGCCCUUGCUCUUUUGUUGAUCGCCGCUCUUGUUAUCCUGAGUUUUCACAUUUUGGGUUUCCUUGAUACCUUUCCUGGCAGUAAUUACACCACUUUUAGGUUUGGCCUCUGGCUUACCCUUAUUUUCUUUCUCAGCCUCUUUGGUCUUCUUUUUAAGCUCUUUCGCUUGCUCUCGCGCUUUUAACGCAUCAAGAGGAUCGGACUCAUCGUCCAAAAAAAGAGCAUAUCUGUUAUUUACCCCCACACCGUAGGAAUUUUCCAUUGUGAUCCCCUUGAUGAUUUAAUCACACAAAAACUGGAUGUUAGUGGAUAACUUUCCGCACUUUAGUAAGGCGACAUUUUGUUCUGUUUUAUUGAUUUCAUUUAAUAUGGCGGAUCAACGCGAAACACACGGUACGCCAUAUGACGAAAGGAAUAGACAAAAGAAUGAAAUGAAAAUGGCGGACUUAACUUUUUCUUUAUGUAUGGGGUUGCGUUCCGUAGAUACAUU